AAAAACCAAUUUAGGUCUGUGUGCUUCCUCAUAUAGACAAACUCGAUGACUGUUAUGAGGAGUAAAAACAAAUCAGGCAAAUAUGCAGCCCAGCCACACCUGUGUGCCAGUUAUUUGAGAAUCAUACUCUCUGCAAGGUGACAAAUUAGACAACCACCCCAUGAUUCAAUGAAUGUGCGGCUGAAGUUUAAUGAUGAUGAGGAAUCAGAAAUGCUGCAAAAAUAACUGGCGAUCUGUCAAGUGUAGUGGUGACAAAUAAUCAGCCAUCCUGCUCAUUGAUCCAUCUCAAUCCAUCGCAAGAUCUCCGUCCAGCUCAGGGACAAACUGUCCCCAGCCAAAAAUAGGCAACUAUAUGAGAAAACCAAGAGCUGGCAGAUUUUCACAGACCAAUGAGCAUGCAAGCUGACUUUACUACUAAAAAAGUUUCAGUGAAUUGGUAGUAUAUACAUAUUUACACAAGGUUUUCUUAUGUUUUAAAAACAACAUAUGGUUAAUAUUAAAAAUUCAACGAACAGCGCUGUGAAAAAGUAUCAGCCCCAUAUGAAAUUCUGCUUGUUUGUUUUCUUCCACACCAUUAAAAUGUUUCAGGUGUUUAUACUUUCACACACGCCCGUGAUUAAAUGGCUUUUUUUUUUUCCUGCUCAGUAACUGAAAUUAUCAUUUGAAAACUGGAUUUUGUGUUUACGCUAGUUUUACUUCAUAAUCUUAAACAUGCAUGUCCAGCAAAAGCAAAUAGAGAGGAAAUCUCUUCGGUGGCCAUGCAGUUUCACAGCGCUGUAGCUGCACCUGAAUGACUAACAACAUAUUAAUGUAUAUUGUAUUGAACUGCUUUCCAAGCCAAAACAUCGCCACAGAUUCCGACCUUGACUGUCUCUUUUUUUUUUUUUGACCCCAGCCAUCAGUUCCUAUAACAAAUUACGUCCAUCCAUCUUAUGUUCAUCCAUAUUGCUUCCCCAAAUGUAUUAGACCGCAACCACAGAACACCUAAGCCUUUGCAAACUUAACAAACCCUUCAUAAUGAAUGUUUGCCAUCUACACACCUUGUCAUUUGCUUUCUUACUUCGCCGUUCAUCACACCAAGGGAUGAAAAUGUCAAACAAAUUACAUCAUUGCUCCGCAUUGAUUUUUUCCUCUCCAAAACAGGGCCCUUGAUUUGAUAAAAACCAUGAAAUCGAUGCUCUAAAAAAGACACCAAUAAGAAAUCAUUUUUGGUAGAUUCAGUUGGAGAAACAUGGAUAUUGACAGAAAGCAACGAGCGUGUUCUUUUUUUUUUCAGAUUUUUAAUUUGAUCCAAGGUUUCUCAGUGAUACCAAAGAGUUUGCUCUUUUAAGUUUAUAAGUUGAUUCUUGGCAUUUAGCACCAUUUCUUCCUCCGAGAAGCUGCUAGCGUUUCCUGGCACGGUACAUUGAAGUGUUGUGUCUCUCUGCACAUAUAUGCAUAAAUCUUCAGAGCCCACCUCCAGGAAAAGAAAAAGGAAAAAAAGAGAGAAAGGAUUGUCUUUCUACAGCUCCAGCUUUAUUUUUAGAGGCUGGAUGUUGAUGAGAGAGAAGAGAAAGCAAGAGGGUGAGAAACAACAUCACAAGUGGGGGAAGGAGGGAGAAAGGAGAGCGAAGAGGGAGAGACAAAGUGGCCAGGGCGUUGUGUUGGUUCCUCUGCGUUUCAGGAGGCUGCACAUUGGAGAGUCCUUCGUCUGAGCGAGCUGGAGAGAAAAAGGGGACGUAACCGCACCAACCUUUCAGGAGCAGGCAAGGGGGAGCAAGGGGUGGGGGUGGGGAGGGGGGGAGUGGGGGUCUCUGGAGCUGCUGCCAUAUAAAAAGCCAAGCCUGAGAACACGGCACCACAAACUCACCACACACACACAUGCACACACACACACACUCACUCACAGUGGCUGCUCUGUAUCUCUCACACUCACCCACUCUCAUUAUUCUCUGACUCUCCCUCCCUCUGUCUCGCUCCCUCUGUCUCUCACUCCAUUCCUCUGGGCUCUGCAUACUUCUUGCUUCUUCUCACAAGUCACAUUCUGUUUGUAAGUAUGCGCUGAAUGCCUCCCCGUGUAUGCUUGGGUUUCCUUAAGUCUUUUUCUAUGUUUGAGUGACUGCUCGCCUACUUGAGUGUGACUGAGUGGAGCAGCAAGCUGUAUUAAGUGUAUGUGGGUCUCUGUCUCACCCUCACACACUCGCCGCUCCUCUCGCAACUCUUCCUGGGAUCUCCGGGUUCCUUUCCUCGGUGACAGGCUCCCCACACUAAACAGUCACCAUUUCCGCCCCCGGGAGACCCACGCUGGCUGCGCAGCCCCUUCCCCGACUCAGCAUCGGGAGGAAGACCCUGGUGGCGGCCGCUGUGGGGGUUAUGCUGGUCUUGGUACUGGUGGUGCUCAUCCCAGUACUUGUCAGCUCCGUGAGUACAGAUGCCAGCCACUACGAGAUGCUGGGCACCUGUCGUAUGGUGUGUGACCCUUACCUGAACAAGGGCACACCGGCCAGCAGCACCAGCUCCACUGGUCUGCAGGGAGAGGCAGAGGCACUGACUGACCACAGCAACGUUCUGCCGCCGUCCACCUUGCAGCAGGGCCCACAGGGGAAGCCUGGCAGGCCAGGAAAGCCCGGACCGCCUGGACCACCCGGACCACCUGGACCUCCCGGCGAGCCGGGCCCACCGGGGCCAGCCGGGCCCCCGGGUGACAGAGGGGAUCAUGGAAGGACUGGGAUUUUGGGUCUGGGGGGUAACGGAGCUAUCAGCACGGCCACCUACAGCACAGUGCCCCGGGUGGCCUUCUACGCCGGGCUUAAAAACCCGCACGAAGGCUACGAGAUCCUAAAGUUUGACGACGUGGUCACCAACCUUGGCAACAACUACGACGGCAUUUCGGGCAAGUUCAUCUGCAGCAUACCGGGUACAUACUUCUUCAUCUACCAUGUGCUGAUGAGAGGAGGGGAUGGCACGAGCAUGUGGGCAGACCUCUGCAAGAACGGCCAGGUCCGUGCGAGUGCCAUUGCCCAAGACGCCGACCAGAACUAUGACUACGCCUCAAACAGUGUCAUCCUCCAUCUGGACGCAGGCGAUGAGGUGUACAUCAAGCUAGACGGAGGCAAAGCCCACGGUGGCAACAACAACAAGUACAGCACCUUCUCUGGCUUCAUCCUCUACGCGGACUGAGAACAGACAAACAGACACGGCGACUGUCAAAAAGGAAGAUACUCAGAGACAGAGUUUCAUGAACAGGGGAGGGGAGGGGGGACUUUGUGUGUGUUUAAAAAAAAAAAAAAAAAGAAGCCAGAAUGCGUUCUAGUUUUCCUAAUUCUCUCCAUCAUUGCAGUCACCUCUGCUUCAUUUCCAUCAGCCAAGACAUCCAGGCUCCGCAGCCAAGCCGGGAUGGAAAGCUCCCCGAGGACCCGCUAAGACCAGCUAGCAGGUGGCGUGGGAGGAGUGGGGUGUUAGCUGGGCUGGUUUUCCGCACCCCCUUUCCACAAUGCCGACGUGUCUGAAGCUCCUCACUUACAGUGUCUCUCCUCUUUAGCCCUGCUCCAUUGCACAGAGAUAGCAACAGAAACGGCAACCCUGCAAAAAGUGGACGGCUCCACCUCUCUGCUCCACAGCGGCGGCAGUCAGCUGCACCUUCAGUGGACUGGACUGACUGAAACCUGUAGUGUUGUUCUGUGCAAUUUACCUAGAUGGUGUUUUUAUUUUUAUUUUUUUUUUGACAUGCAUACUAUUCUACACAACAGAGAUUUAGAAAAAAAAAGAAGAAGAAUAUAAAGAAUAUAUUUGUCCCUUGUGAAGAUAUCCUGUUUGAAUGAGAGAUGUAAUUUGUGAUGCAUAUAAGAGAUCUAACAACUGGAAAAGAAAUAUUUAAAUCAUGACUUUCAGUAUCUUAUUGCGGUGGGUGUUUUUCCUUCAUCAUUGGGUAUUACAAGGUAUCUACUGUAUAUAUUAUUCAUGUGGAGAAUAAUUAUACAUUCUGCACUUCCAAUAUAUAUAUAUGGAAAAGGUAACAUCUCGUAUAGAUAACGCGCCCCUCACACUGUCUCUUGCACUGUCACACAAUGUCCUGCUUCUCUUUGGAUUAAAGCAGACUUUAAAUAAUCUUUUCAUUGUUCUGGCUUCGUGUUGCUGCUUCAGUGGGCACAACAAGCCAUGUGAAGAAGUUAAAUCUUAACAUUCACGGGUCGCAUAGCACUGAUCCUUUCUUUUUCCUUGCAAUGCUGGUUUCUGAGCUUUCUUAGGCAGCAAAGAAACAAACAAAAAAAAAAAUAAUAAUCUGGCUGUGAUGCGGAGGGCAGAAAUAAAGAGCGUCCAGCAGAUUAGUGGUGGUGGUGAUGGGAUUGGGGGGUGGGGGUGGGUUGGGGUAAGGAAGCCACUGGAGCAGUGUAACAAUGAGUGCGCAAUUUUUCUGUUUCAGCGUUUAUCUCUGGAUGUCAUCCAUUCAUUAGCUGCACAUGCGCUGAUAUGCAGGCGUUAUGGUGAGAUCUAUUCAACAUGGAGCCCUGACAGCUUGUGUGAGAGUGAAACUGACUGCCUCUCAUGAUUGCACGUCUGACUGUGUGUUUAUGUGUAGGUGUGUCUGAAGCAGUAUGUGCGUGUCUGUCCUUUCGCAUGUGCCAUAACUACAUCACUCUUUUUUUUUUUUUUUUUUUUUUCCAGAGUUGCAGUAUUCUGUGCUACAGCCAAUGACACAUAUUUAACUCGGCAGCCAAUGAGAUUGUGCUCUUUUGGGUGGAGCCUCUAUAGAUACGGAGAGAUGAACAAACAGCCUGUAAUUGAAAUCUAUGACUUGUUUAUCUUAUCUUUUGGAACUGUUGAAUACAUUUAAAUAAUAAAUGGGAUUUUUUUGAGUGA